CUCCCUACCGGAGUAGUCUUCUCAGUGUGGAAGCUUAUAGGAGGGAAAACAAACGAGACGUUUUGUGAAGGAGAAAGAAGAAAGCUGUCUUCACACCACAUUUUCUUACAGGACUGCAAAACGAUAAAUGUCGCAAGCAGUGAUGGCAUCAGCAGCUCCACCAAAAAGGAUGGUGUCCUCUGUCUUCAUCACUCUGGCAUCUCCUUACCAAGCCACUGUGACACAGCAGCAGCCCACCCUCCAAGCUCACAGUGCCCCGGCCAUAGACAAGCAGCACUCUGCUGUACGAGUCGGCCCAAAUGACAGCGUUCCCGCCCCCAGGCAUAAGAAAGAAGAUCACUCACCAUCCAAGUCUUAUGGAAGUAUAGAAAGCAAAGACAGGACUCAUGCAGGGUCCUUAGCAGGAGCUUUAAGCCCUCAGACUCCCAAAUCCACCCAGUCUGGGCCCAGCAGGGGGAAGCAGCAGGAAGACAACAGAGGUGCUGCAGAGCUCUUACCCCCUCCACCUCCACCUCCACCUCCUGCUGCAUUGCCUUCAUCUCUGGGAACAGUGCUCUCUGAAGAAUCAGCACUUCCACCACCUCGUUCUGUCCAGACACCACUCUCCCACCCUGUGACCCCAGGCCGGCAGCCAGUUUACAACAGAGAGGUGGAAACAAGGACACCAUCUAGCGGGUUAUACCAAGAUGAACAAUCCCAUGGGAUCCAUAAACACAGUCAAGACACUAACAGGGAGAGUAAAGAGGUGUGUGGCUUCUGUCGGAAGCUCGUGGCUCUCUCUGAACCUGCAAUAGAAGCCUUAAACAGGACUUACCAUGAAGCUUGCUUCCAGUGCAGAUCUUGUCACAUUGCCCUGGCUGGUAAACAAUACUACAACAAGGCAGGAAUUCCACUCUGUGAAGACUGCUACCAGGCUAGUCUGGAGCUUUGCUGGACAUGCGGAGAGGUUAUCACAGAUCAUGUGAUCCGUGCACUGGAGCGAGCGUACCAUCCUUCUUGUUUCACCUGUACAACAUGUAAAAGGCAAAUUGGAGAGCAAGCUUUUGCUCAGGGAGAAGUUGGAGAAGUGUAUUGCCUCCAGGACUACUACAGGAAGUAUGCCCCAAAGUGUAGCAGCUGUAACCAGCUAAUCAUUCCCAAAGAGGAUGGUACUGACAGCUUCACUGUUGAAUGUCUGGGACGCUCCUACCAUGAGAACUGCUACAGAUGUGAGGUCUGUAUUAUCCAGCUUUCUCCUGAGCCAAAUGAGCGUGGCUGCUAUCCACUGGAUGGUAAGAUGCUUUGUAAAUCUUGCCAUCUGAACCUGGUUUCUGGUCAGCAAUAACGCUGACCUUAUAGCAUGGGGCAAACUGCAAAGGACUGAAAUCGACCCUGAGUCCAAAUUUUAAGAGAUGAGAGAAGGUGCAUGUGCCUUUAAGACUCUAGUACAUAAAUGUCACAAAUAUUUUUAGUAAUUGAAUAUGUUACCUUUUUUAACAAUAUAUCAUUUCCUGAAGAUCAUUGUAUUCCUCUUUUAUACUUGUUAAUUUUGCACUCAAUAAACUCAACAAAAUGCACCAAAUAUAUUUAUGCAAGACUUAUUACAUUUUUCUUAAUCCAAAUUAGUAUACUGUUUGUCAUUCACAUUAACCCUUUAUAUUAAAAAAAAAACAAACAAACUUAUAUAUAAAAAACCUAUAUAAAAGGGAACUAAUAUAUUUUAUCUUGAGGCAAGCUUCAACAUAGGCUACAUAACAUUUGUUAAAUUACACAUACACUAUUGAUAUGUUUUAAGAUUACAGAGGAGGAAGAGAGAAAGAUUACAGUUUAAACAGUGAUUGUGUAGCUGCUAAGCCAAACCACAGCUAAACUAAAUCUUUAGAUAAAAUGAAAACAUUUUCUUGAAUGUAAAAUACAAUAUGUAUCAUUACUGUCCAAGAACAGUUCCUUAUCUUUCUAGCAGGCAAAAGACCUUUGGGCUCGACGCUGCAGAAACUUAAUCCAGGCAGCCACCUGAAUUCAUGAUAUGACAGACUGAAUGUAAUCCCUCUUCAAAUCUAAUAAUUUUACUCACCUGCUCAGACACAGCAGGUAAAAAAUAACCAUUGGCAAACCCACUAAACAGAAACUAAACCGAAAAGACACUCUGCUCUUUCACUAAACCCCUUUAGCUAUUGUAAAACAACAUUUGUGGUAAAAAUUUGUAAGCACAACUGAAUAGUAACAUUAGAGCUGUUAUAAAGCCAUGUAUAAUAGAGCACAAUAAAUGAUCCUGAAGCACUCACUAUUGACCAAAACUUGAAGGUGCUUUUGAUGUAAUUACAUCUGCAUUUUUAACAUGUAAAGCUUUUCACUGGACCGCACUUCACCUAACAAUGGCACUGUUCAUAAUGAUUUGGCAUUACAAUAAUAACAUCUCAUUCAGAUCCCAGCUGACUAUUUUUGUUUAUUUA